GGCUCCCGCCACCCACCGAUCACUUUCCCACUAGGGCCACUCUUAUCAAUCAGUCAAUCCGUAGUUGCAGUACCCAUUUCGUAUCAUACGGCAUGGCAGCUCAACCAAAGAAGAUCAUCAUCGACACCGACCCUGGCAUUGAUGAUGCCAUGGCCAUUUUCCUGGCAUUACGGUCGCCAGAGGUGGAGGUGAUUGGGCUUACAACUAUAUAUGGGAAUGUUUAUACGACACUGGCCACGAGAAAUGCCUUGCAUUUGCUUGAAGUUGCAGGGAGAACUGAUAUCCCGGUGGCGGAAGGAUCUCAUGUCACAAUUACUAAAGGUACAAAACUUCGUAUUGCUGAUUUUGUCCAUGGUACGGAUGGACUUGGCAACCAAAAUUUCUCUCCACCAAAAGGAAAGCCAAUUGAGCAGUCAGCAGCUAGUUUUCUCAUUGAGCAAGCAUCCCUUUAUCCUGGGAAAAUUACAGUGGUGGCACUGGGCCCACUUACAAAUAUUGCAUUAGCUAUUCAACAAGAUCCUUCAUUUUCAAAGAACAUUGAGCAAAUUGUUCUUCUUGGUGGUGCUUUUGCGGUAAAUGGGAAUGUGAAUCCAGCAGCAGAGGCCAAUAUUUUUGGCGAUCCCGAUGCUGCAGAUAUUGUAUUUACAAGCGGAGCAGAUGUGUUAGCUGUGGGCAUAAAUGUUACUCAUCAAGUUGUCUUGUCAGAUGCUGAUAGAGAAAAGUUGGCAAGGUCAGAUGGAAAAUUUGCUCAGUACUUGUGCAAAAUCCUAGAGGUGUACUUCUCUUAUCAUCAUGCUGCAUACAACACAAAAGGAGUUUACCUUCAUGAUCCAGCAGUCCUACUUGCAGCUGUUGAUCCUUCACUUUUCACUUACACAGAGGGUGUCGUUAGAGUCCAGACCUGUGGCAUCACAAGGGGACUAACAAUAUUAUACAACAAACAGAAAAGGUUUGGUGAAGUCACUGAAUGGACUGAUAAACCCACGGUGAAGGUUGCGGUCACGGUUGAUGCUCCGGCUGUUUCGAAGUUGAUCAUGGAGCGGCUUAUGGACUCCUGAAGUAUUCAAAGGAGUGAUCAAUAAUUCAGGAAAAACUUCAUUCAACAGUCCUCAUCAAUGUUCAUAGCUGUCAUGGGUGCAACUACUUGCUGGUUUUCUGUUGCUAUAUUUCUCAUAGGGACAUCUGAUUUGGUCACUGCCCCAGUCUUCAUCCAUCUAUUGAGAACAAUAAGACUAUAAAAAAUGAAAAAAUAAAAAUAAAAAAUUAUAGUUCUCUUUUUCUUGUAAUAA